GUGUGGAGGGAGAUGCUGCAGACCGAUGUGACGAGACUGAGAUGUGGAUGUGAUGCUGCAGUCGCUGUGUGUCGGGGUUGUUCUGUGUCUUGGUGUAUUUCUGUAAAGAUGUGAUGUUAUGCCGCUGACACACACUGCUGUUCUGCUGGAAGAGUGACUCGCCAGGAGGAGCAAAGGAGGAGGAGCAGUCCUUUCAGAGGUGAAGAAACCCUAUCAAAAUAGAGGAGUGGGAGAAAAGGAGGAGUGGGAGAAAAGGAGGAGGAGAAAAGGAGGAGAGGAGGAGAGCGGGAGGUGAGAGAGAGAGAACCGGAGAAGCAGGAAGAGAAGAGUUAGAGGAGAGAGAGAGAGAGAGAGAGAGAGAGAGAGAGAGAGAGAGAGAGAGAGAGAGAGAGAGAGAGAGAGAGAGAGAGAGAAGAGUUAGAGGAGAGAGAGAGAGAGAGAGAGAGAGAGAGGAGGAGGAGAGAAGCAGGAAUAGAAGAGUUAGAGGAGAGAGAGAGAGAAAGCCGUAGGAGGAGAGAAGCAAGAAGAGAAGAGCGAAGAGAGAGAGCCAUGAUAGGCACACCUCUGCAGAGGAAAGCCCCAGCAUCAUCAGAGAUGGCUGAGGCUGAACUUCACAAGGAAAGGCUCCAAGCCCUCGCGGAGAAAAGGAAAAGACAGUCAGAGAUUGAAGACAAGAGGAGACAGCUGGACGAUCUGGUGCUGCAACUACAACAUCUCAAGUCUAAAGCCAUGAGAGAGCGUUGGCUCCUACAAGGCACGUGCCCUGGAACUAACGACGAAGACGAUGGCCGAAGAAGACAGCUGGAGAAGGACGAAGAGCAGGGGAAGAGACUGGAGGACACUAUUCACAGGUUGGAGUCAGAGAUUGGUCUGUUGGAGAGCGAGGAGUGUCAGAUCUCAGCUAAAGAACAGAUGCUCAGAGAGAGACUGAAGAAGACUGAGAGGUCCAUAGAAGACCUACAGAAAAGUCUUCAGAAUGAACAUGAUGCUGUGAGUAACGCCUGUCCCCAGCUCCCAAACCAGUUCCCCAACCAGCUCCCCGACCAGCCGGACAUCAGAGACUCCUCCGCCACCUCUCCUCACCAGGCCCCAGCCUCAGCAGCACCUGCCUCUGGUGAGCACCCAAGGAAACCUGCGAUGUACGCCAUGGAGAUCAACGUGGAGAAGGACAGGAAGACAGGCGACACCAGGAUCCUGUCAGCGUCUUCCGUCAGCCCUGACGAGGUGCCCCAGCGCGGGGUCAAGGUCUUCGACGACGGCCGGAAGGUUGUCUAUGAGGUCCGCUCGGGGGGGUCCACCACCCUGGAGAAUGGGGUUCACCCCUGGAGCUCCCAACAGGUGGACGAGCUGAUGCAACGGGUCGGGGUGCCCGCCGGUCAGGCCGACGGGGGUAAGGCUAAGGUUACUAUCACCCCUGUUGGUACUGGUGACACCAAAACCUCCCCCAGCUCCACUGACCGCACAGAUGAGCUCCCUACCACCUACACCACCCCCCCAGCCAUCCGUAGCCCUGACACCAUGGCCCACAAGGUUCCCCAAGCUCCAGGCGCCCCUAUCACAACCCAGCCUCCACCCCGUCGGGAGGUAACCUACGAGGGAGAGGUGCUGGAGGCUCCCCAGGCAACGGCGGAGAAGCCAGUCACUAUGAUCUUCAUGGGCUACCAUAACGUUGACAACCAAGAUGAAACCAAGAGGCUGCUGGGAUUCGACGGCACCAUCAAGGCUGAGAUCGUCCUGAUCGAUGACGACGAUGAGAAGUCGUUACGGGAGAAAACAGUCACCGACGGUUACUCUGUAAUCGACGGCAACGCCGCCGACCUGGUGUCCGGCGCCCGGCCGCUCAGCGACUCCACCGAACUGUCGUCGGAGGGGAAGGACGAGAGCUCUGCCACGGCCACCAAGGAACUCCCCUCCCCAGCAGGUAUAGAGAAGAAAAAGCCCUGCCAUUGCUGUACUAUCAUGUGACCUCAUUACUUUAACUACACUACCCACAACUCUCUAGUUUUUCCUGGGACUGCCGGGAGGGAAGAGCUCGUUGGUUCAUCGAGGCUCUGAUCCUCCUCCUCCCUAAACCCUCCUCUUCCUCAUCCUCUUCCUCCUCGUGGCUACUAACAGAACCUCCACCUGCCCUCUGACCUCUGGGACCUGGCUGGGGUUACAGCACUCUCUUUAUCUGACCUUUGACCUACAAACUCUCUCCUCUGUGAGCUGGUUGUGUCCAAACCUUGACCCCCUCUGUGAGCUGGGGAAGCAAAGCAUCCUAUCUCAUCUCUAGCCUUUCUGAGUUGACCCUAGACACUGAUCUUAGGUCAGUUGUUCCUUUCCCCCAAUAACGGUUAAGUACAGGACUGGGAGAGGGGCAGCUGAUCCUGGAUCUUUAGCUAGGGGAAACCUCAUACCGGAGGACAACACUACCAGAGCAGACCAGAGCAGACCAGAGCAGGGGUUUGGUUGGACAGUCAGUUGCUAGUUUAUGUAUACACAACACAUUGUAGUGUGGUGGUUACUAACUGUUAUUUGGGAAUAAUCAACAAUGAGAAUAGACAACAAGGACAUCAUCAAAACAAGCAUGUCACGUAAAGAAAGAAAUUGUCUGUAAGAAAUAGGCUACAAUACAGUGAUUUAACUUGACUGUCUUGUUACAGAACUGAAUCUGAAGAUGAAAGGGUCAAUUUGGGUGUUUGUGUGUCAUUUAGAUUGGCUCAUAUCUCAACAAACAUCUAUCAGUCACUCCUGAACAUCAUCUAUCAGCCACUCCUGAACACUAUCUAUCUGGAACACAUAAACACUAUCUAUCAGUCACUCCUGAACACUAUCUAUCAGCAACUCCUGAACACUAUCUAUCAGCCACUCCUGAACACUAUCUAUCAGCCACUCCUGAAC